UAUGCUCUCAGAGAGCGAAUAAUUGUCAAAAAUCGUGCGAGUUGUGUGUUUUUUGCAGUAAUUUUCCAUCAAAUCCAAUCAAAACCAGCGCAGUUUUCGAAGAUAAUUCAAUAGUCAGCAAUUUUGCAUCAUAUCAGGGCAAUAUUGCAGUCGUAUUUUACCGCUUAUCCGUUGCAACAAAAACCAGUGAAAGUUGGAGUGGAUCUGUUGCUAUAUGUUUGUUUUGUUCUAUCUGAAGAACUGAUGGAAAAAAAAAGUUGGCACGAUUUGCCUUUUGUUGCACAAGUGGAACAAAUAUGUGUGUUGAUAAUCCUUGACGGAUGUCGCUUGUUGCUUUUGUACUAACGCGCGGUGGAUGCUGGACAGAAAUUAAGUGGUAGAGCUUAUUAUCACGUUCUCGACUGAAAAAACGGCCACUAUGAGGUUCGAGUAUCAACUGCUGCAGCAGCAAGAUUCGUCAGAUCGGACACAGGCUCCACCCGGAGCCAGGCGGAAGACCAAUCCUAAGAUCGUCGCCAACAAUCUACGCUUUUCCUUUUUGUGCCUGCUGGUGAGCGCAUCGUUGCUCAUUUUCCUAUUGCUUACCUACACCGACUCAUUCCAUCCGAUCGUGGACAGCAUUGCCGGGCAGCUCGGUUACCAUGAGAAAACGUACGCCGUAGUAGUGGACGCCGGUUCAACGGGAAGCCGAGUGUUGGCCUUUGAGUUUCAUCGCGGUUACUUGGAUGGCCGGCUAGUGCUGGAUUAUGAACUGUUCCGGCAUUCUAAGCCCGGUUUAUCCGCUUUUGCAGAUCGACCCGAGGAAGGGGCGGCUACGAUCGAGAAGUUGCUGCAGGAGGCAAAAAAUGUUAUUCCCGAAAACAAGCUGAAAGACACGCCACUGGUACUGAAAGCAACGGCAGGACUGAGACUGCUAAAGCCUGAACAAGCGGAAGGAUUGCUUCAGGCAUGUAGAGACUUGUUUAAAAAAUCAGGGUUCCUAGUAAAUGACGGAUCGGUGGAAAUUAUGGAUGGCACAGAUGAAGGCAUUUUCUCAUGGUUCACAAUUAAUUUCCUGUUGGGAAAAUUGAACGGACGCAAUACAGUUGCGGCAUUGGAUUUGGGUGGCGGCAGCACACAAGUCACCUUCGCGCCUAAAGAUGUCUCACAGACGCCACUGUACAAAGAUUUCAUGCACAAAGUUCCUACAUUCAAUUCGCACGUUGAUGUUUUUACCAAUAGCUAUUUAGGGGCGGGUCUAAUGGCUGUUCGACAUGCAGUAUUCACAAAUGGUGCUUCGGAGAAUGCGAGAAAUCUGUCGAGUGAGUGUGUUAAUCCGAUCGUCAAAAACAAGCUGUUCCGGUACGGUGCAGAGCAAUUUUUCAUUAGUGGUAAGGAUAAUCCAAGCUCAACAACUGGGGAACCCCAGGUGGAUUACGAUCUGUGUGCGUCGAUCGUCAGUAGCAAGGUGCUGCCCACUUUGAAACCCAAACCAGUAACACUAAAGCAGCAUGAGAUCUCCGCAUUCAGCUACUUUUUCGAUCGGGCUAUCGAGACGGGAUUAGUCGAUCCAUUCCAGGGAGGUGAAGCAACCGUACACGAUUUUAUGAUGCGUGCUCGAGAAGUCUGCCAGGAGGCCAAUGUAGAGCAACCAUUUAUGUGUAUCGAUUUGACAUUUAUCUCUAUUCUCCUGGAAGAGGGAUAUGGGCUCAAGCCAAAAACGCCAUUGAAGCUAUACAAGAAAAUCGAUGGCCACGAGAUAUCUUGGGCGCUUGGCUGCGCGUACAACAUCCUAACUAGCAACAAAAGCUCGCAACUGUGAAUCUUUUGCGGCCACAAGCAAAGUCGAACUCAAACAACGAUUAUACAAUCAGUAAACCAGAAACCACCAACCAAACAAAAUCAGCUACAGCUGAGAAAGUAUAGGGAUUUCGUAUUUGAUUUGUUUUCGUUUUUUAUAAAUAUACCGACAGAACACCGAAAAGAGGACAAGUCAUGAUCACUUUUUUGAUGAUGAAAUUUUUUGAUAGUCGAUGUUUUAUAAACGAUAUUUGUCGCAUAUUGCUAUUUUAUCCUCCAGUCACCCCAGAAUAGGGGUUUGUUUUAAUGAGUGCAUAUUAUUUUUCUACCAACGUUUAACAGCAGUAACAAGAAAUAUGAAUGAUAAACCUCAAUGUGCCUUAAAGUAAAACCCUUCACUAGAGAAUGUCAUAUUUUGAUUGCCACAAGCUAACGUAGAAGAGAAAUAAUAGUUCAAGCAAUUGCGUCGUAUUACAAAUUGUGAAUAUAUUUUAAACAAGAGUCAUCGUUAAAAGCACAUUCCCUUAACUCAAUUACCCUUAAAACUAGUUCCACUAAGUGUUGUGAACCUUUUUAGGAGCAUUGCUUGUAAAUUCACAUUGCACGUUGAUGGAAGGUAGCUCACAUGUUAUAAAAACGCCCUGUCGUAGUUGAAUGUAAAAUAAGAUUCAAAAGAAUGUAGAAUAAAAACUUUCUACCCACUGAAGAGUAA